UGUUUGUCUCGUUGGGAAAAAAAACGCCCUCCACCUGCUCCGCCUACAAAUCCAGUGAAAAUUAUGGCUUGGGCAGCAAUAAAGUCAGUUUCAAGAAUUGCUGCCUCACAAGGAUACUGGUCCCCAGAACACAUAACUCAAUUUGAAGAUCUGACACUUGACCAAAACUUUAAUACAGUUUUCAAGAAAUGGAGCAAGGAGGAAGAUAGAUACUCAGUAGAGAUGACAACAUUACCAGGAGAAAGUUUAAAUCUCAAAUUCGGCAGCAUGUCAAAUUCACUUUGUUCAGAGCAGUCAGAUGAUCAGGGAAGAAACAGAUCUUUAGAAAUGUCUGGCAAUAAUGAUAUGAAGGUGAAAGCUGGUGGGUUUAGUGACACUGAUGGAAGUAGAGGCUUUGGUGCAGCCAGUCGUAGCUUUGGGGGAAGGGAUGAAGAUUCUGGUAGAGGUGGCCGCAGAGGUGGUUUUGGGGGUGAUAGAGGAGGACGAGGAGGAUUUGGUGGUGGAGACCGUAGUAGUGGUUUUGGAGACAGUGAUGGUGGGGAUAGAGGUUGGAGAAGAGGAGGGUUUGGUGGGGACAGAGGAGGAAGAGGAGGAUUUGGUGGUGGAGACCGAGGUGGUGGAUUUGGUGCAUCAACAAAAACUGAUGAUGACUGGGGAGAUGGAACAAAUACCAGUUCUGGAUUUGGUGGAAGUAGUUUUGGAGGUGACAGAGGAGGUAGAGGAAGUUUUGGAGGCGGUAGAGGUGGCCGUGGAGGUAGAAGUAAUGGGUUUGGAAGAGAAGACAAUAACGAUAGAGGAUUUGGCAGCAGCAGAGGUCGAAGUGGAGGAUUUGGCAGAGACCAAGAUAACAGUAGUGAUCAGGGAAGUGAAAGUGGAUUUGGUGGCAGAAUAAGGGGUUUUGGAGGAGACAGAGGAGGUCGUGGUGGAAGCAGAGGUGGCCGUGGUGGAUUUGGUGGCGACCGAGAUGAUGGUGGUAGUGGUUUUAGUAGUGACAGAGGUGGACGUUCUGGUGGAUUUGGAGGAGAUCGAGGAGGUAGUUUUGGUGAAAACAGAGGUGGCAUAGGAGGUGGUUUUGGUGGAGUCCGAGGUGGCAGAGAAAGUGGAUUUGGUGGUGGCAGAGGAGGUAGUUUUGGGGGCGACAGAGGUGGUAGAGGAGGAGGUUUUGUUGGAGACAGAGGUGGCAGAGAAAGUGGGUUUGGUGGCGACAGAGGUGGCAGAGGAGGUGGGUAUGGUGGCGACAGAGGUGGCAGAGGAGGUGUGUUUGGUGGCGACAGAGGUGGCAGAGGAGGAGGUUUUGGUGGUGACAGAGGUGGUAAAGGGGGAGGUUUUGGUGGAGACCGGGGAGGUGGCAGAAGUGGGGGAUUUGGAGGUGGAGGUUUUGGUGGUAAUACAGUUCAAGCUUCUGCUGAUGAGGAUUGGGGAGAUACUACAUCAAGCCCACCAGUAGCUAAUCCAGUUACAGACAGAAAAGGAAAUGGAGAUAGUUGGGAUGUUAAACCAUCAGGUAACCUUGCAGUGAUCCAUAGUGGUGGUGAUAGUGAAGAUAAAUGGACACAUAAAAACUUGAACAGAUUUGUGUCUCAGAAAUUUGUACUUGGAAAAUCAUUAAUAGUUAAUGUUGUCUAUUCAAAUAACCCAGCGGAAUUCUGGUGUCAGAGCUUAGAUCAAGUACCUGCUUUUGAAGAAAUGUCUGAGAACAUGAACAAAGAAUAUAACAGUAUUUCUGAAAAUGAAUUAAAUCUUGACAAACCUGAAAUACAAAUGCCUUGUAUUGCUAAAUUUUCAGAAGAUGAACAAUGGUACAGAGCAGAAAUUAUAAACAUAAAAGGAGAUGACUUAGAGGUCUUAUUUGUUGACUAUGGAAACACAGAAACAAUAUCAAAAUCAUCUGCAAAAUCCAUUAAAACACAAUACUGUAGUAUGCAGAUACAGGGAAUCAAAUGCUCAUUGAAUAAUGUAAAGCCAAAUGGUAAUUCUUGGUCAGAAAAAUCUAAUGAUGAUUUUUCUACAUCAACAACUGACAAAAAUAUGGAAUUGAAAUUUAUAAGUCUAUCAUCAGGAACAUAUGAAGUUGAGUAAAAGGAUUCUGAGACCAAUGAUGAAAUUGCAGUUAAACUAGCAGAAAUGGGUCAUGUCACAUUUUUCUUAGGAAGUCAAAAAGUAAUCAACCCAUACCCAUGUACUACACUACCUAUAGACACAUCAAAAGAAGUGUUUGUAUCAUGGAUUGAUAAUCCACACUGUUUUUGGAUUCAGCUCGCUGAGACUACUGAUAGUCUAAAUGAACUUGUUGAGAAAAUUCAAGAGGAAUAUAACCCAGGAUCAUCUUCAAGUUCUGCUGUUGAGAAAGCAGAAGUUGGAAUGCAGGUUAUAGCUCAGUUUACUGAUGACGAUGCCUGGUAUAGAGCAUACAUAGAGAGUAUAGAUGCUGGAAAAUAUUGUGUCCGUUUUAUUGACUAUGGUAACUCUGAUAAAGUAGAAAUGGAAAGGUUAUGUAAACCUUCUCCAGAAUUGUUAAGUACAAAUGCAUAUGCAUUUAGAUGUAAAUUAGCUGGAGUUAAACCAUUACAAGCAGGUUGGAAUGUUGACUCGAAGGAUAUAAUGGAAAGUCUGGUAACGGAUGCUGUCUCUUGUCUUGUCAAGGCAUCUGACAAGAGUGAACACACUGUAGAGAUGUCAGUGGGAUCUAAAAACAUUGCAGAAGAACUAAUUAACACAGCAGUGGCUAGAAA